GUGGUGUUACUUGGACAUUUAUCCAUGACUUGGAUUUGUCAUUUCAUCCGCAACUGCUUUAAAAAAUAUUAAUAUUGAUUCAACAUUUCCGGAAUAGUUAUUAAAAAUGGAUAAAAAUAGCACUGCGUUGGUAAAGAAAUUGCAAUCAGAGCUCGAAGCUUACCAAAAUCUGCAAAAAACGUGUAUGAAAUUGGUAAAACAGCGUACACUCCUUGAAUCUCAAUUAAAUGAGAAUAAAUGUGUGUUGGACGAAUUAAAUAUACUCGGUCCCGAUAAUAAAGUGUACAAGUUGUAUGGACCCGUUUUAGUGAAGCAGGAUCUGGAGGAAUCGCGUCAAAAUGUUGGCAAACGAAUUGAAUAUAUUUCGAAAGAACUGAAAAGUUCAAACGAUACAUUGGACAAUAUGGAAAAAGAUAUGACAAAACAUCGGGAGACAGUACAAAAGUUGCAACAGCAAUAUCAAGUAGCAGUAGCAAUGAAAUAAUAUGUAGAGGGCACAAUUAUUUAUAAAAACAAUUUCAGAGGAUCUAUUGGAAAUACAAAACUCAACAAGAUUAAAAAUAAAAACUAAAUUUCCAAUUAUUAUUUGAGAAUUCCGACAUUUUCAAUAUUAGUACUUGAAAUUGUUGUUUGCUCAUCUAGUCUGAAUAAG